CAACGGAUCCUACGGUCGGCUGAGGGAGGGAGGCGAGAGCAGGUGCGUUGCCGGGCGAAGGGAAGAUGCGCCGGGCGCUUGCUCCAAUCGAUGCGCUCCCGCCCGCUCUCCCUCCUCCAGGCCCAACCGCCAUCUUGUGAGCUGAAGCAAGAAGGAACGAGCGGGGGAGCUGCGAGCGCGGCGAAGCAGCAGGAGAGCCGCGGCAGAUCUCACUAUAAUUACCAGGACAACAUGACUGAUCUGGUGGCUGUUUGGGAAGUUGCUUUAAGUGAUGGUGUUCACAAGAUUGAAUUUGAACAUGGGACCACAUCUGGCAAACGUGUUGUGUAUGUGGAUGGAAAGGAAAUAAUGAGAAAAGAAUGGAUGUUCAAACUAGUAGGAAAAGAGACAUUUACUGUUGGAGAAGCCAAGACAAAAGCUACAGUUAACAUUGAUGCGGUCAGUGGCUUUGCAUAUGAGUAUACCUUGGAAAUCAAUGGAAAGAGCCUCAAGAAGUACAUGGAGAACAGGUCAAAGACCACAAACACUUGGAUGUUAACCCUGGAUGGUGCAGAUUGUAGGAUUGUAUUAGAGAAAGACACAAUGGACGUCUGGUGCAAUGGUAAAAAAAUGGAAACGGCGGGUGAAUUCGUAGAAGAUGGGACAGAGACCCAUUUUAGUAUUGGAAACCAUGAUUGUUGCAUUAAAGCGGUUAGUAGUGGGAAGAGAAGGGAAGGAAUUAUUCAUACGCUCAUUGUAGAUGAUAGAGAAAUCCCAGAAGCUUUGGAAUAAACUUCAGAUGUUCGGAGUCUGACUGCUGCAGAUACAAAGAUCAGGGAUUUUCAAUUACUGUGGUAAUUGACAAUAUAUACUACUUGGUACAUUUUGUAUGUGCUGUUUUACUUUCUAGUUGUUGUAUAUUAAAUUUAUUGGAGGAUCAGAUAAAAAUGUAAAGUUAUAUACAACUCCAGCAUUCCUAGCUAUUUUGUAAAUUAUAUAAAUAUAUAUUAUGACACUAAAGGGGAAUUUUGACUAACAUACAAAUAAAUGGUUUACAUGGAAAAUUUUAAUAAAAUAAAAAUGCAGAAUGGUGA